AUGCAAAGAGUAGGUGGUGCAGAAGCUCUUGAUACUGUUAUUGGUAAUUGCAUGAGUUAUGGCUGUAUCAAGACAGGACGCACUGAAGAAGAGUGGCUGGAAAACUUAACUCCCGGGAUGCGCAAAUCUCUUUUGUCAGAUAGUUGGCGGUGUAAUCAGCGUGGGUUCAAGAAUCCGGCAGUGCGAGAUACUUGGGUCAAAGAAGCGGACGAAAAAAUAGCUAAGCUUAAGGCAAAGUUUCCAAGGGGUGGACCAUAUGUUUUAAACCAUGGAGAUUUGAAUUUUUCGAAUGUCUUUGCUUCAAAUGACAACGCAGAGAGAAAAUGGAAGGUCAGCGCAGUAAUUGAUUGGGAAGCGGCUAAUUUUUUGCCUUGGUGGGCAGGAAUUUACAGGUCUUACGGACUAUCCUUAAAAAAACAUCCAGAACUUUGGGAGUGUUUCCCCCCAGGAUUCACACUGGAGGACUGGGAGCCGCUGGUGAAGCUCAUUGAUGAGGUGCAAAAAGUGUGGAGUGGUGGAGGGAGCCACACUCAAAGUAAGCAUGGAUUAACGGAUGGAGCAAAUCAUUGGUAUGGUAGCAAGGAUUUUUGUGAAUGCCAUAAAAUAAGAGAAAGCUUUUCUGAGUGGAGUUUUGGGUGGCCGAAAGAGCAUCUGGAUGUGUUUGACCCUGAGCUUACGGAUACGGAUGAUGAUGAUGAUGAAAUAGAUAGGAACAAACACAAACACGCUAAAGAUGAGAGGGAAUUUCAGCGGUGGUUCAAGGAAAUCAGUUUAUAG